AUUUAUCGAACUCAUGGCAGCGACGACGACGACCCACCAGCGCCGAUGGCCCGGCGACAACCCGAACGGCGAGAAGGCGCCCGUGACGGGCAUGCGUCAUGGCGCGCUGCUUGGGGCGUGCAUGGGCGUCGAGGGCUACAACUGCAACUACAAGAACAACCCCGACGCCGACCUGCCGCAUUACGACGGCUCCAACUUCCUCGACGGCCUCUGCACGGGCAUGAAGUGGCAAUGCGUCGAGUACGCCCGCCGCUUCUGGGUGCUCAAGAAGGGCAUUGUGCUCCCGAGCUUGAGCUGGGCGGCGCACAUCUGGACCAAGAUCGAGCACGUGAGCCGACGCGACGACUAUGCGAUCGUACCGCUCCAGAAACUCCCCAACUUUGGCGCGGAGAAGCCCGAAGUCGGCGACUUUCUCGUGUACCAGUCGACGCCCAACCAGUGGGUCGGCCACGUCGCGGUCGUCGUUGGCGUCUUUGAGCGCGACAGCCGCUGGGUCGUCCGCGUCGCCGAGCAGAACGUCGAGAACAACAAGCUCUGGCCGGGCGACUACGCCGACGAGCUCGAGGUUCAAACCAAGGUUGUGGACGGCAAGACCACGUACGGCAUUGUCCACCGCGAUACGGACCUCGUCCUCGACGGCUGGGUCCGCGCGCGCCUCGACCAAGCGCGGGCGCGGGCACCGUGGACACGUCCGGCGCCGCGCUUGAGCGUCUCGGGCAUCUACGACCACGACAGCGCCGUCGCGCUCCAGACGUUUGUCGGGUCGUAUCCCGAUGGCAGCCACGGCGGCAUGACCAACACGGAUAUUCGUAACGUCCUGCGGCAGUACGGCAACGCCGACGAGGCGCCGACGACAACCGAGAACGACGAGCUCGUCACGUGCUUGCGCAAGUUCCUCUUGGGUCGCCCGACGCUCCUCGCGCCGUUCAAAGCCCAAGCGCUGAGCUGCCCGGGCACGGGUCGCUGCGUCUGCCGCACGAUCCUGCGCGAGCCGCUCGACGAUGCCGAUGCGGCGAUCUCAUGCUCGACGACGUCGGCGCUGCAGGCGUUCCUCAACAGCGUCCACCACCCGCACGACCUCCGCUCUGCCCUCGCGCAGCUGGCCUCGCAGACGUCGUAGACGACGAUACUACAAACACGACGAUGGACCAUUGGCAAUAAUACAUCAUAAUCGCGUACUCUUGUUCAA